AUGGAUGACGAGUUUCCUUCUCAAACAAGACCAUCUAUUUCUCUAAUAAAUCCUGAAUCUUCUUCAUUUGAACCAUCAUCUUAUUCUCAACAUAUUCAACCUACUACAAAUGAUCAAUAUGAUAAUUCGAAUUAUUAUUCAACAACUAUUCAUUCAAUAGAACCGUCAGAACAAAUUUCAUCACAACCACAUUAUAUUCAAGAAACAACAUCAGAUAAUCAACAUCCAACAAGUUCAUACCAUAUUGAACCAGUGAAUACUUCUCAUCAUGAUGAUGAUAAGAAUGAACAAAAUACAAAUCAAAUUCCUUUUCGACAAUCAACUAAUAUUAAUAAUGAAUCUAAUUUUGAUAUACAAACAAAUCUUAAUGAUCAAUCAAAUGAAUUCAAAACACAACAUGAACUUGAUGACGAUGAAAUUCCAUCAGUAGAAAUUCCUAUUGAUCAAUCUUCAACAGUCAUCGAGAACAAUAAUAUUUCAAAUGAAUUAAAAUCCAACAUAAUUGAUACUCGUCCAUUAACAAAACUUGAAACACCCUAUGAACAAAAUCCAACGAAAGAAUCAUUAAAUUCAUUACCCGAUGUUGUUCCGGAAAAAAAACAUGAUGAUUCAGUUUCUCAAACUGAACCUGAUGAUAUUCUUGGCAAUAAAUCUUUACUAAAAGAAAUAAUUACUCCAGGUACACCCAAUACACGUCCAAUUCGUAAUACAGUAGCAACAGUUUCUUACAAAUUAUUUUUAAUUGAUGAUAGAACAUCAAAUUCUCGUCUUAUUGAAACAAUAACAAAUGAAAGUUUUUUUGUAAAUGAUAGUGAUAUUUUACCAGCAAUUGAUAUUUCAAUUCAAUUAAUGGAUCGUGGUGAACAUGCUUUUAUUUAUUCGGAUAUUCGACAUUGUUACGGAGAAAUGGGUUGUGAAGAAAAACAAAUUCCAUCAGUAUCAUCAAAUAAUUCAUAUCGAAUGAAAAUUGAUUUAGAACUUCAUGAUUGGAAACAUGUACCUGAUAUUCAAACAUUAUCAAUUGAUGAAAGACUUUUUUGGAGUGAUAAAAAACGACAACGAGGAAAUUUUUUAUAUCGUCGAAAAGAUUCUUCAACAGCUCUUCAAUGUUAUCGUAGUUCUUUAAAAUUCGUAGAUACAGAUGAAUAUCCAUUAUUAGAAGAAGAUGAACGAUUAUCAUUAUUCAUUGAUCGAUAUAUUCAAGUGCAAAAUAAUCUUGCACAAGUUCAUUUAUUAAAUAAUCAAUAUGAACAAUGUUUAGAUGCUGUUAAUCAAGUUUUAAAAUAUGAUUCAAAAAAUAUCAAAGCUUUAUUUCGACAAGCAAAAGCUUUAUUUGAAUUAGGAAAUUAUGAUCAAACAAUUCCAUCAUUAAAAUUAUUAUUACAAAGUCAAAAUAAAGAUGUUGAAAAAGAUAAAGUUAAUGAAAUGUUAAAUAUUUGUGAAAUAAAAGUAGCAAAAUAUAAAAAAAAUGAAAAAGAAAUUUAUAAACGAAUGUUUUCACCUUCUACAUCAACAAAA